AUGAACGGGACGGAAGGUAUCAAUUUUUACGUGCCUAUGUCCAACAAGACAGGGGUGGUGCGAAGCCCCUUCGAGUACCCCCAGUAUUACCUAGCCGAGCCCUGGAAAUACCGCCUUGUGUGCUGCUACAUCUUCUUCCUCAUCUCCACCGGCCUGCCCAUCAACCUCCUCACCCUCCUGGUCACCUUCAAACACAAGAAGCUCCGGCAGCCGCUCAACUACAUCCUGGUCAACCUGGCGGUGGCUGACCUCUUCAUGGCCUGUUUUGGCUUCACGGUCACCUUCUACACGGCCUGGAACGGAUACUUCGUCUUCGGCCCCGUUGGCUGUGCCGUGGAGGGCUUCUUCGCCACGCUGGGAGGCCAGGUUGCCCUGUGGUCCCUGGUGGUCCUGGCCAUCGAACGCUACAUCGUCGUCUGCAAGCCCAUGGGAAAUUUCCGCUUCUCCGCGACCCACGCCAUGAUGGGCAUCGCUUUCACCUGGAUAAUGGCCUUCUCCUGUGCUGCACCUCCCCUCUUCGGCUGGUCCAGAUACAUGCCCGAGGGGAUGCAGUGCUCCUGCGGUCCCGACUACUACACCCACAACCCCGACUACCACAACGAGUCCUACGUCCUCUACAUGUUCAUCAUCCACUUCAUCAUCCCGGUCGUGGUCAUUUUCUUCUCCUACGGGCGCCUCAUUUGCAAAGUCCGAGAGGCAGCCGCGCAGCAGCAGGAGUCGGCCACCACGCAGAAGGCAGAGAAGGAGGUGACGCGGAUGGUGAUCCUGAUGGUGCUGGGCUUCAUGCUGGCCUGGACGCCCUACGCCGUGGUGGCGUUCUGGAUCUUCACCAACAAGGGAGCAGACUUCACUGCCACGCUCAUGUCAGUGCCUGCCUUCUUCUCCAAGAGCUCCUCCCUCUACAACCCCAUCAUCUACGUCCUCAUGAACAAGCAGUUCCGUAACUGCAUGAUCACCACGAUCUGCUGCGGCAAGAACCCCUUUGGGGACGAAGAUGUCUCCUCUGCUGUAUCCCAGAGCAAGACCGAGGUCUCCUCCGUCUCCUCCAGCCAAGUUUCACCUGCAUAGACCAUGGACAGUUUGAACUGGGGUGACCACCGAGCUCGGGGACCAAGACAGACACCCUCACACCCACAACCUGAUCCCACACAGUCACUCCCUUGCACACCAGCAGCCCCCUCCUGCCAUCCUGCGCUCCUGCCUGGCAAAGCAGCCUUGCGCACACUGCCACGGCUUCCCCUCGUCCCCAUGGGUACCAACCUGGCACGCUGAGCCCUUCCACAAUGCUGCAGUCCAGCACCAGGGCACCCCCAGGUGCAAGCAGCAUCCUGCCCCCUGCAAACACCAGCCCUGGGGCACCUCGCCCCCUGCACAUUGAUGCUGUGCUAAUCCCAUACUGGGCAGCCAGUCUGCAACCAGAGCUGGGGUGCAACAGCACGGGGGAAAGAGCAAGCUCCAGGCUGUUUGGGGUAGGGGGGUGUCCUUUCAUGGCACCUACUGGUCCAGGAGGGAAAUCUGCUUUAAAGCAUCUCUUGCCCCAGGAUUUGCAUGCAAAACCUUUCCUCAUGGCCUCCACGUGCUCGUGCAGAGCUGCAGGGUGGCAGCAAGGAGGGUGGAUGCUUCUCUCGCUGUGGCUUCACAAGCAG